ACUGGGCAGGGCGCUUGCCUCCGGUAAGUACACCGGGGACGCGGGCCGGCCGGCCAUGUGUGGAGGGCACCGCGGGGGACUGAGGAGGCAGUCGCAAACGAAACAUCGAAGGAGACGGAGAGAGGAGAGCGGCGGGACUGGCAGAGGGGAGCCACCGCCGACCAGAGACCUGUAUAGAGACCCGCGGGGCGCCGCAACUCGGCCCCACACCAGAACUCUCCGCUGUCAGCUGGUGAGAUUAGGUAACAGCGUAGUCUCUGGAAGGACAGCCGAAUCUCGAGCCGCCGUCCGUCCAGCCGCGACACUCUGUGUGACGUCACCGGUCUGAAGUGGGCGGCGGUGUGACGUCACUGCUGCGGCGCUGCUGGUCCGCUCGGCCAGGUAGGCGGGCGGCGCGCCGGCCGUCGGCAGUUACUGCGCCACGACCACCGGCGCCGGUCGAGAGCUCCGAGCGAGCAGCGAAAGCGACGAGAGACGAUAGUGAGGCGAAGUUCUCGGGACGAACUCGGAGCGACGCAGUGAGAAAACCAGCGUCAGUGAAGCGAAGGAAUUGUGAACGCGUCUGCAAAGACAGCGAGUGGAUUUCGAUCGUUGGCGUCUUCGGACUGACAUCCCGAUCCGAGAUGGCCAGCUCCUUCAUGUCACGCCUGACGCGCCGCUGGAAGAAGAACUCGGUGGACAUUACCGAGGAGGACCCCACCUUUAAGACCGUCUACCUGGGCAAUACCGUCACCCAGUGGGCCAAAGGCAGUGGCAGCGUUGACAAGCCUCUGGCCACGCUGUGGCGAAACUACUGCCAGUCAACCAAACCCGACAUCGAGAUGCGUGUCACCAUCGCGGUCUCCGGUCUGAAGGCCACCACUCGGGAGCACGGUCUCACCGAGUACUGGAGUCAUCGGGUCACCUACGCCUACGCACACCCCAACUACCCUAAGCUCUUCUGCUGGGUGUACCGCCACGAAGGACGCAAGAUGAAGCCGGAGCUGCGCUGUCACGCGGUGCUCUGCUCCUCCGAGACCAAGGCGCGCCUGAUGCAGCGACUGCUCACCGAGAAGCUGCACCAGGCGUUCGUCGAGUUCAGGAAGGAGAAGCAGCUGCGGCAGAACGCGCGGCUGUCGGUGGUGAGCGUGCUGUACCCCAGCACCCCGGCCAGGAAGGUGGCGCUGGCCAGCGGCGGCGCCAACUACCGACCGCCCCUGGAGCGCAGCAAGAGUGCGCCCAAGCUCAGCAGCAUCGAGGAGGACCGCGACGGAGAGGAGAGCGAGGCGCGCGAGGAGGAGCGCCGCCGCGCGGCCACCCAGUCGGCGAUGCCGCCGCGGCCGCGCGCGCUCAGCGAGCCUCUGGUGCCGCCGCCGAGCGUGUGCUCGCACCCGCAGGCGGGCGCCGGCUCGGGCGCCGACUCCGACACCGAGUCGGACACGGGCUCGGAGCGCAGCGGCACCAGCGUGCCCAGCGACCCGACCGCCGACUCGGACUGCGAGACGACCGACACGGUGCUGCUCCAGUCAAACGGGCCGUGCCGCGUCUACCACGUGCGCCGCGGCUCGCCCGUCGAGCGCCGCCUCAACGACUGCCGGCUCCAGGUGCGCUGCCGGCUCGACGACGAAGCCAUGCACCACCAGUGGACGCGCGCGUCGCACGAUGACAUCGACGACAGUGCCAGCGACGAGAGCGGCUACGCGGAGGAGGUGACGAGGGCGGCCUGAGGGCGCCGCGCCGGUCACUUGUCGUUGUGUUGAGAUGUUGUGUGCGAGCGGACGCGCGACCGUUCUUGGGUCGCGCACAGUCUAGUCAGCGCCCCCGCCCCUGUGCGGGCGUCGUUCGUUGUUGUCGGGGCGCCGCGCGACGCUCGAGGAAUUUGCGUGCCAAAUCUUCACUCCGAGCCGUCUGUCGGGCGGUCGGACUCGGGAGGUCGCGGGUCGGGCCGCUCUCGGGCUGUCCGAGGCGGCCAGGACGCGUCGGCAGUCCCCGGUCGGCAGCGAGGCCGGACGGUCGGCGGCGGCCGGGCUGACCUGAGGUCACCACAGGUCAGCCCGGCCGGUCGCCGGCCGAGUCGGCCCGCUGCACCGCCGUGCUAUUUAUUGGCGCCUUCGCUCAUCCUUGUUUCACUGCUCUGCUGAGCCGUCCAUCGCCAGCGGGCACACCGUUCGCCCACAUUCAGACUCCGGUCUGACACAGCCGACAGUGAAACUCGGGAUGACGCGAGAGGCCGCCGCAGUCCUCGCUGGCUGUCUAAGAUAUUAUCUAUCGUGUGUAUGUAAUGUGCUAUCUAUGAGAUGUGAUACAACUAAU